AUGUUUAUUCCUAUUUGUUUGUUAAAUUUACCCUCACAGGUUGAAGACUUGUCGUCGGUGCUGCACGACAAACAGUCGACUGAGCUCUUGCGCAUUAUCACGACGCGGUUGAACUCAGUCGACAUAUUCGAGAGCUUACCACAGGCACUGGUACUACUACGACAGGAAUUGGUCCUCAUCGGUGUACGCAUAGUGGCUCGGGAUUUAGGCCUCGAUGUGUUUGAGCGGCUGCCCACACUCACACCAGUGGUACUGCCUGAGCCCAAACGACCAAUCAAAACAGCGCAAACAGCCCACAACACACGGCCUUCCACCAACCAAAACACUCCGAUAUCAACACCAGCAUCUACUCCUGGUCCAUCAACCAAUCACAACCCGCAGAAUGACAACUGGGGCCGGGCCCCGUCUGCCCUGGGCACGAGUUCCGUGUCGUAUGCGACAACCAGUACAAUUAUUGCCACGACAAGACCAACAAAUAACGUACACAACGUACACGCCAUCCCACGCGUUAUCUAUGUGCGUGUGUACGGUGCUGCCACGUGUAGGUUUUGUGCCUUUCGAGUGAAUAGCGAUUUCUCGAUGGAGGCAUUUGACAUCAGCGCCACGGCCAUGGGGGUUUCCAACAGCGUGUUACAAAUUGACAGAGUGACCGUUGUGUCGUAUAGUGCACCGUACGACAAGCGGUCUCACGCGCCCAAGAACACACACAGCCACAGCAACAGCCACAGCCACAGCAACAGCCACAGCCACAGCACCCGACAGCACACAGACACAGACGUACACACACGGGAGACCACCGGAGGCAAGCGGAGGAUGCCUUUCCAACAUGAUACGAACAAAAGGGCAAAACUAGCCCACAUUACCGGCUCAGCGAAAAAAGGUACGUUUCGGUCCGAAUCUAUGGUGCGGAGGACACUUCGAGUGAUCCGGGUGGUCGCUGAGUUGGCCGAGUUAUGUGCCAAGAUCACCGCUCACGGCAUGGGGUACAUCAUCCUGACCAAUCAGAACGUCUCCAGGGAUACCCGGUUGAGCGCUGGUACAAACGCGUCCCGGAAUAGUACUGGGACGGAUUUGGGUGGCGGGAAGUUCGGUACGGACACGGGUUUGGAUAUAGCACAGGCGUAUACGAAACUGAGUGAGGUCGACAGUGAGGAUGGUGUAGGUAGCGAUCUGGAUGAUCUCGUGCUGCAGUUGGUGUCAUUACCACCUGUGGCGAUGACGGGCACACCGACACAUACACCGGCUAACCCAAAU